AUGCCAGAUCCAGCGCCUCCACUCGACGAUGCCGACCUGCCUGAAGAAGACGAUAUCAAGGCAAUCUGUGUACCGGUCAAGCUCGAUGCUUUCGUAUUCAACAAGGCCAUCUUCGAAGGCCAGUCACGCGUGGCUCCUUUGUCUAAACCAGRGUAUGGAAACUUUGCUUCUGCGAGCAGCACACCUCGACACGAUGUGGUACCCCCAUUGGAUCUAAGUUUGUCUACUCCCUCGACAAUAAAUCCGCGACUUUACGAUCUUGUUACUGGUGAGCUAAGAACAGACCGCUUUGGUGUAUAUCUCUCUUGGUGCAUUCCUCGCCCGUUUCGUGCUGGAUUUGUAGCAACGGCCUCUGGAGCAGGGCGUCAAACAGACCUUACGCAGUCGAUUCUACCUACGCAACCCUCUGUCAAAGACUCUGACCAGACAUCAGCACAGUAUAUCGCUGUGCCUAAUCGGUGGAUCAUAGUGCGACAGCUGUCCAGUAUUGCGACUAGCCCAGGAGUUGCGACUAGCCCGGGAGGCACCGACGCUUCGACAAGAGUGUUCAUCGUGGAGUCUGAUUUGCUUCGCUCUCACGACCAAUUCRCCAUUUUUGAAGACGUGGAAAACGAAUUCACGCCAUUUCUCGAUGGAAGUCGUCCUCUUCAUCAGCAAGGUAAUGCCUUCCUUGGUGCGGUCCGUGAGGGUGGACAAGGGCUCGGCAUAGCCGAUAAAGAUGUCAAAAGACAGGUCCCUCUCACUGUCGUUGGUGCCUCAAAUCCAUUAUUUGCAGAUUACCAACCGCACCACGCCGGCGUCUUUAGCCUGCACGACGACAUGCAUGACGUCGGCUCGGCAACCGUCUCGUAUUUCUUGAUGGGUUACUACGGACGUGUAAGCGCAACACAGGGACCUCAAGACCCAAUGCAGAGUUUUGGAAAGAUUGGCCAGUUCGUCUCCGACAAAGACCUCCUGUCGACUUUCAAGAUGCAGUUGCAGAAACCUGGCUCGAAUGAUGAAAACCACCCCGAGGAUAUUCGGAACUUGAAGCUUUGCAAAUGGAAAAAGACUGGCGAUGGUCCGGCACAGGCUUUCACAAUUUGUCAUGGAGCACUCUAUCAUGUCGAGUAUGACAAAGAAAAAGCACCCGAAAUUGGAAAGUGGCCUGCUGAGAUUGCAAUGACAGCUCUGCGCGAAUCCAGCCCAGUUGCUGUCGGUGCAACAUCAAUAGAUGCACUUAUUGCACUGAUGCGAGCCGCUGCCGACAAUCUGACCAACGGGGAGAAUCAAAAGGCCGCAUUCGCGUUGAUCAAGAAAGUGCAAUGUUAUCUUGUUCGGCCGUCAGACGAUGUGGACUCACAACUCGAAGCUGCGGAAUUGCUCGACACGCACAACUUCAAGCCGGCCAAGAAUGGCACUGUGUGGCAUCUCAGACGCGAUACAGCGGCGACAGCUAACACCAAACAAGCCCUACCUUCCAGUCAAACUCUCAGGGCUUUGGCAGGUCUCAACAACACCCAAGCAUUGUUGGAUCAGCUCGAGCGCGAAAAGACGCAUCUUCAGCAUCUACUCUUCUGUCUCUACUGGAAGGGUCUUUCUUUGAAGGCUGCUGCCACUACUCUAUCCAGCGAAACCGUGCAAGGUAUACAAACGUCGAGGCAGGCACUAGUGGACAGGAUCAAAGCUAUCAAUCUUACCGUAAACACACAAUCUCCACAAAGUCUCGCAGCAGAAGCCAAAGCAGCAAAUCUUGAGGCUGGCAUUGCGCCAUCUUUCUACAUGCAAAAAGACCCCGUGGUUGCUUUCGCUGGACUCCCCACUGGCUGGCCAACCGACUGGGACGACGAUGUCCAUGUUCGUUUUAAGCGCAUGUCUAGAAAGGGGCGCGAUAUGGAAAAUCCCGUGCCUCGCCGAUAUGCAUGGCAGUAUGACGACGUCGAUGAGGCAAAAAUAUCGAGUGAUCUCGCAUACAUCAGCGGAUAUCAAAAAUUGCUUGAGAAGGCUGUGUAUUGGGACGAUGGGAGACAUCCCUUGAUCGAGGAGGCCUUGGAUGCGAUGUACACGGACAAAUCUAUCGCCGCUGCAAUCUCGAGAUUGCGUGGCUACCAAUGGGAAUUUGAUGAGUAUUUCGAUCGUCGCAACUACCAAAUAGUGAGCACCUUUGACGAACCGAACGAGAGACUAGGCCAUAGGGCACAUCUCUACCUUGUGCCUCAAUAUGACGAAAUGAGAGGGAGACUGGGACUGGGACUGGACUGGACUCCGAUGAUGAGAGCCGUGGUAAGCGCUCUUCGACGACUGCAGCUUGGUGGGAUCCCUCCUCUGGCUACUCGUGAUGUACUUGAGCAUAACACAUUCCCCCAAGUCUGGGACGAAAUAUCUCGAAACUCUAAUCCCCCGAAUCGUGACCUUGCUGAUUAUGGGACUUUCGUCAAGGGGAUCCAAUACAGUAGUGACAAGUUCGGUAACACGGGCAUGGAUUGGUUGAAGACCGAUUCUUAUGACCCGUGGGAUUUGAGGAAAAGGUUGCAGCACUUACCAAACAAUCACGAUGUCACCCAAAAGUUGGAAAACGCCGUCAAAGAAUCCGGGAAUCCUGACAUUGAGCAUGUCUUUAAAGACCUCUUCCUAGAGUGGAUGUGCUUGAACAGUGGACUAGACUUUGGACGAAUUACAUCUCACUACCACAAUGUGCAUGAUAUAUGGCUGACACAGGCGUUUUUUCCAAUAUACGUGGAGUGGGAGCUGGAGUACUACCACAUCCCAUUCACUAGCUGGACAUUCGRACCUUCGGGCAAAGAGAAGCGCAUACGCUAUAGCAUCAAAUCAGGGAUUGACUUGUCCAAGGACCCCAAAGCAAAAGAUGAUUUGCACAUCRUCUCUGGCAGAAGUUUCGUGCUCCCAAACGUAGCUUCACAGAUCAGGUCGAUGAUCCAAAGGCUUUUGGAUGCUGUCAACCCCAAUGAUCUUGAUCCAGCGUUCAAAGCUGAUGAUAUGUGGAACGUGCUUUCCAACCUGCUCUUUAUGUCGUCGGCCAUGACUGGGUUCAAUGAUCAUUUGGCAACGCUACAAGCAGGAUUGCAUCUGAAGCCUCUCAAGCGCGAGCAAGGACAAAAGCCUUCCACAGCCGCUGGAUCUGAAGCUCCCGUGGCCGAUCUUGGAUUUACUGAGGAAGUCAUGGCCUUGAUGGGCACUGCAACUGGACGAACUCCUUUCUCGGAACUGAACGGAGGUCCAUUGACCGAGUUCUCUGCUUUCAAGCCGGUCACUCACGGGCAAGCUCGAUUCUCAAAGUUGUCCAUUGUAGACAAAUUUGGACAGGUAGUACCAUGCUUGGACCCGGCCCAUCGUGCUCCAGAGGACAUGGUCAAUCAUGGUAUUGAUCCCAUCACAAGCGAGUACAUGUUCUGUGAGCCCCUAGGUCCUGAUAGUGAAGGACACUUUCGCCCAAAUACCGUCCUUGAUCAAGAAGCUGGGCGCUGCGAGUUCUUUCAAAUUCCACCCCGAAUCAAUCAAGAUGCGCGGUGGAACGCUCAUUAUCUCAUGCGUCAGGGCUCUACAUGGAGACCCUGCAGCGAGUGGGAAAAUCCCAUCAUCUGUCUACUCGUCAUCAAUUACAUGGACAAAUCCCUCCAGUUGUUCCAUGCGACUGGCGACUUCGCCGCAGAAUACGCACUCGGAAGUAAGACAGGCGGUGCAGGUAUUCGGCUGCGACCAUUUGCUCCCAAACCCGUCUCGAAUCCACAAAUGGCAUCUUUGAUGUCUCAUCUUGCGCAGCGAGAUUAUCUCGUGGAAGUUUACAGCAUGAUUGAGGAAGCCGUGGGUAAUCUACCACACGCGCCUGGAAGCUACGCAGAUGCUUUGCCUGCUGUCCUGGGUCGACCGAUUGCAUUCACCUACGCGGGCUGGAGCCUCGAGUUAGCCACGCCACCAUACGCGUCUCAUGCUUUUGGAGAUGCGACGAAACAAGUCCACAGUGUGGAAGAUUAUCGCUUUCCGUUAAAACUAGGCGACAAAGAUGCCGCCUACGACGGCCUGAUCGGGUACUGUCCCAUUCCCCGCGACUCUACAAUGCCCACAUAUUCGACGAUACAAACCCACUUUGGCGCCAAAACAAAAAGCAAACAUCUCGUCCCGGCAUCCGACUCCGUAUCCACAACUAUCCAACCCUAUUACAUCCAAGCAAACUCCAGCACCUCAACCCCCGACUCCAUCGCAGAACAACACAACACCUCCCUCACAAAAUUCGCCCUCUUCGUAGACCUCUUCACGCCAGUAAACGCCUACUCGGGAAUCUUGCCGGUGAAACAACUCCAUCUCCCCUCCUGGACWAUGGAACAAAUACUCAGACAGAUGACGGGAUUCUACGCCGUGGGCCCACUCCUCGUUCCUGAUGAUGUGCUACCCCAACAUUACGGUGAGAACAACCCGUUGCCGAAAGAUUUCCCAGAACCGGAACAUCGGAGCGUGCAGAUUCCGCAUGAUAGGCAGGCAGACCUGGUUUGGAUGCAGCCUAGUUACGGAGCUGGGCCACAGACGAAAGGGUUCGAGGGGGGUAGUGGGGGGGACGGAGAAACAUUUUAUGAGGUAAUGGGGUUGGGCGGUAUUGAUGGGAUGUUGGGGGAGAGGAAAGGGGUUUUGAGCGCUGUCGAGGGAUAUCUGCAGGUGAAGAAGAAGAAGAUGGAGGAUUUAGAGGGGUAA